AUGACUCUUGGUCACAUAGAUGACAUCGACUUGUCGUCUAAUCAUCUCACGGGAAAAAUUCCAGAUAACCUGGCCCACGUUCCUUAUAAAGCUUUCAUAGGCAAUGAAGACUUUGACAUCAAAUAUUGCAUUGGAACUGGUGGAUAUGGUAGUGUCUAUAGAACGCAAUUGCCUAAUGGGAAAAUCGUGGCAUUGAAGAAACUUCACCAUCAUGAAGCAGAUGACCCAUCUUUCGACAAGAGCUUCCGAAAUGAAGUGAAGCACUUGACUGAAGUACGGCAUAGAAGCAUAAUUAAGCUCUAUGGUUUUUGCUUACACAAGCAAUGUAUGUUCUUGGUUUAUGAGUACAUGGAAAGGGGGAGUCUAUUUUGUGCUCUAAGAGAUGACGUUGAAGCGAUGGAACUAGAUUGGUCUAAAAGACUCGUCAUUGUAUGGGAUAUGGCACAUGCCUUGUCUUACCUGCACCACGAUUGCGCUCAACCGAUCGUUCAUCGAGACAUAUCUAGCAACAACAUUUUGCUAGACAACACUAUGCAGGCUUUUUAUCAGAUUUUCGGCACAGCAAGACUCCUAGAACCUAAUUUCUCAUCUAAUCUCACUGCAAAUAUCGCAGGCACCCGUGGAUAUAUAGCACCAGAGCUCGCUUACACUUGGGUCAUCAAUGAGAAAUGUGACGUAUACAGCUUUGGGGUGGUAGCAAUGGAAAUAAUAAUGGGUGAGCAUCCUGGUGAGAUCAUCUCAAUGAUGUCCCCUCUCUUCAGAGAAGAUAUUAUGCUACAUCAAGUAUUUGAUCCACGCUUGCCAAUUCCAAGAGAGAAUUCUAUUGCAAGAAGUAUCAUUCUGGUAGUUUUUCUAGCGCUUGCUUGCUUAAAUAGCAAUCCAAAGUUGCGACCCACGAUGAAACAAGUUUCGGAAGCUUUUCUAGCUCCAAAACUAGCGUUGGCGAAGCCCUUCUAUUCUAUCUCACUUGCGCAGCUCCUAGGAAAUAAUCGAGGACUAUGGUGGGAAGGUGGAUCGACAGAAAAUUCUUCAAGCCCACAGGAAGAACAAGGAUCAUGAGGUACUUGUCCCAAAACAAGCAAAUAAGUUUCACCAAGUGAAGAGUCGGUUGAUGAAAUGAUGCUGCAAAUUGGCGAACAUGGUUGAGGUCAUGAAGUAUGCGGCCCUUGCAAUUUUUAAGUCAUGUUAAUUUUUUUUAUACUAGCUAGGCUAAAAUUUUCCUAGGUAACCAUUACCAAGUAGUGAGAAGCAUUUAUCAAAUGGUCGUUUAUAUUUCUGUCUUUUUAGUAAGAUCGAAACGUGUGAUGAGUGAUAAUGUGUUGUUGUUACCAUGAAUGCAUGGCUUGUUAAGGAAAUUCGCUACGUAU